GAAAGCAAGGCAAAUAAAUAAGCUUUUAGAUAAUACCAAUAACUCCACCUGCUCAAAAAUUGACGAGUGCCUGAUUUCAACGUGUCGUGACACAUUUUAUAAUUUAACAUCUCUACUUUUCCAUUUGAAUUUGACUUGAAAUUUCAAGAUAAUUUAUCUCCCCUUCUUUAAUACAAUCUUGUUUCUUGUCCAUGUUAGUACUUACUGCAACUAAAGCUAAAGGUGAGAAGGAUUGGAAUGAUGCAUUGAUCCACCCAAGAGUUGCAUUAACUUCAUUAAGGGGAGGUGGCUAAUGAAAAUGCCAAAACUCAGUUCCAACCAUUUUGUAGCCACUUUGUAUGCAUCAAUGGAUACAUAUACACUUUAAAAAAGAGGUUUUGUGAAAUAAAAAAUAUCAUACGUUUUCCAAAUUUUACCCUCACUUUGACCAAUAUUCAGAAAUCCAUUAGUAUUAUUAGGCAAUGCUGAAACGCAAAAAUGCCAAAUAACUCUAAACAGAAUCAAUAUUCAGGGAAAGUGCUCUUGUAAGGAGGAGGGCACUUAUCUUGGGAAUAAUGUGUGAAAAUUUCAAUGAAAUCUGACUGUUAGUUAUUGAGAUACACUUUCUAUAAAGUUACCAGUUAGCCGAAAAUGCAAUUUCGAGAAAAACGCAAAGUUUUCGAAACAUUGUGCAAUCACAAACAUCUCGGUUUUCACUAAAACUAACAUUAUUCAGCAACAUACACCAUGUUGACACAGCACAGGCUAUUUAAAAAGCUUAUUUGACAAGUUUUUACAUCAAUUCUAUGCCCCCCCCCCCCCCCCCAAACUGUCCUCUCACAAUUGAAUCUCCGCCCCAAGAAUGUAAAUUCUCAUUUGUCUUUCAGUUUCUGUUCUUAAAUGGGAGAAGAAGCAAAAAUAUCUAUGUAAGGUAAUAGGACAUUCAAGGGCUUGUGUGAAAAUUUCAACCAACUCUGACUGUAACUUUCUGAGAUCUAAUCAAAAUAGUGCAGCAGAUUUGGCAGAAAAGUCAUCAUUCCGAGAAAAACGCGAAUAAAGAUUUUGCAUGCUGACAUGCCUGUCUAAAUUUAUAUAUGUUAAUGUUGCCAUACUGAAUUAUUUAGGUAAAUUGAGUUUGUUGUUAGUCUUUUCCACAUUAAGAAAUCUUUAAGCAGCUUUGAAAUACGUAGUGGCUACGUUCACGGCUCCCUACUUCCUAAGCCUAGAAAAUAUUCUGUACCAAAGCCUAGCCUGAAAUUUGGAUUAUAAUUCUACAUCAUUACAAAGCGGGCGGCGUUGAGGAAACAGCUUUAUCAGUACCUUUGCCAGCCUGACGAUUACCUUCACUGGAGAAGUUCUCGAAAACUCUACCCACGGACUGGCGCCGCGAUGGCGACAGACAAUGAUGAGUUCUGCGGGGGAUCUCCGUUCUGGAACGAGAGUCUCCUAAUGGACGGGUCAUACCCUCAGUUCACGGAAUGUUUCAUGACCACAGCCUUAGUGUGGGGCCCCUGUGGCCUCUUGUGGCUCGCUCUCCCAGGCUACUGGUUUUAUAUCACCAACCUGGCUGCCAGGAGCCCUAUCCCUCUGAACAAACUCAGUAUCACCAAAACAUACGAGUCUGACAGUCUGGAGUUCUCCAUGCACUGCCUUCUGUUUGGGGCACUCACCAUUCAGCUCCUGGUCUUCUCUUUCGCGGAUAAACGGGAACGUCACGGAUACCUGGAGAUGUCACAGCGUGCAUCAUUGGAGUUGACUGCGUCCUUCCCCAGUAUUUUGACCAACUGGUGGGUCAAUGGAACUAUUCAGUCAGGGUUCAAAAAAGCGUUGACGGAGGAUGAUAUCAACGAUCUUCACCCCGACGAUGUUUGUGAGGUGCAGGUUCCCAGAUUUGCCAAGGCCUGGCAAGCAGAAGUGAAUCGAGUCAACGCAUAUAACGAAAAAUACCUGGCGGAGAAUCCUGAAGCUCGUUCACUUUACUCAUCAAUGGACCACCGUGUCAGCUUACAGAACAGGGACAGAAAGGAAAAAAUGCUGCACAGGAGGAGACCUUUUGAACCAAAUGAGAAGACCAAACUGCUUAAAGGACAGGCGAAGAAAGAAGAAAAAGACAAGACAGAAAAUAAAUCUCCUCUUAAAGAAGCUAAUGUGAUCAGGGCAUUAUUUAUGACCUAUGGGUUUGAACUCGUGUCACUUCAGAUUUUGAAGACAUGCUUCGAUUUGAUUGCUUUUGUGGGGCCAAAAAUAACGGAAGCUAUUCUGGACUUUAUCGAUCGACCUAAGGGUGAUCAUGAGAUGUGGAAAGGUUAUGUGUUGGGUAUGUCCUACUUUGUGGUCAACACUUUCAGCUCCCUCAUGAGCAAUCAGAUCCUUCUCCGGAAUAAACGUCUGGGCAUGCACAUGAAGAGUGCUCUGGUGGCUGCCAUCUAUAAGAAGUCACUUACAAUGACCAAUGAAGCAAAGAAAGAAACAACGCUGGGAGAGAUCGUCAACCUGAUGUCCAUAGACUGCCAACGUGUGGAGAGCAUACUUAACUUUCUCUACAUCCUUUUCUCAACACCUUUCCAAAUUGCCAUAGCCCUGUACAUGCUGUUUGAUCAGAUCGGUGUGGCUGUGUUUGCUGGAGUUGGCGUGAUUGUGCUCCUCAUGCCACUUAACACAUUUGUGGGAGUGUUCCUGAGGCAGUAUAAUCGGGAGGUGAUGAAGGUCAAGGAUAAACGUAUCCGUCUCAUGAAUGAGGUCCUUAAUGGUAUGAAGGUUUUGAAGCUGUACGCUUGGGAAGACGCCUUUCAAGACAAAGUGGGCAUACUCAGAAGUAAUGAAAUCAAGAUCAUUCUCAAGACGACACUGUUCAUGGCAUCGUUGUCUCUAAUUUUCCAGACUGUUCCAUACUUUGUUCAAGUCGCAUCUUUCGGUGUUUUCCUCAUCACUGAUGACUAUUUGGACCCGUCCAAGGCUUUUGUUUCUAUCUCUUUGUUUGGCCAGCUCAUGAGUUCACUCAAUAUGAUGCCUUUUGUCCUACCGCUCAUCAUACAGGUGAUGGUGUCCAUCAACAGAAUUAGAAAUUUCCUUCGUCAGCCAGACAUUGACCCUGAUGUGCAAAUCAAAGACAGCAAAGCAGAAAAUGCUGUCAAAGUGGAGAAAGGUACUUUCACAUGGGACAAAGAUUUGGCAGUACCCACCUUGCGCAACAUCAGUCUGGAGGUGAAGCCCGGCAGUCUGGUGGCUGUGGUAGGCUCUGUUGGAUCAGGCAAAUCCUCUCUGCUCUCUGCAAUCAUGGGAGAGAUGAACAAAGUCUCUGGCUCAGUGACUGUCAAGAGCAGCAUGGCCUACGUUCCUCAAGAAGCCUGGAUCCAGAAUGCGACUCUCAGAGACAACAUUCUCUUCACCUCUGACUACAAACCUGCACUUUAUGACAAGGUGGUAGAAGCAUGUGCCCUCAAGUCAGAUCUGGAAAUUCUGCCCGGAGGGGACCAGACUGAGAUUGGAGAGAAGGGCAUCAACAUCUCUGGCGGCCAGAAGCAGCGUGUGUCGUUAGCGCGUGCUGUGUACAGUCGUGCAGAUAUCUACCUGCUGGACGACCCGCUCAGCGCAGUGGACAGUCACGUGGGAAAACACAUCUUUCACAAAGUCAUCGGCCGACAGGGAGUGCUUAGAGACAAGACGCGUAUACUGGUGACUCAUGGCGUCCACUGGCUGCCCAUGGUGGAUAAAAUCGUGGUUCUCCGGGACGGCGAGGUGACAGAGGUGGGUAGUUACGAGGAGCUGGUCUCUCACGACGGAGACUUUGCCCAGUUCCUGAAGGAGUUCUUUGUCACUAAUGAGAGCUCGGAGGAUGAGGCGGAGGAGAACGGGGAUCCUGAGAUUGCUGAGAUGAAGAAACAAGUAUUACAACGUCUAGAGUCAGUGACUGGUGGAGUGACUUCUGGCGAGGAAAGUAGCAAACUGAGCCAUUCUCUUCAUCGUCGUGUGUCCUUGAGUCGUUCCAUCAGCCACAAAGGCAAAGCCAGGAGAGAAAGCAAGGCUGCUCCAACAGAGAAAAAGAUGGGCUUGAAGCCACCAAGGGUUGGUCAGAAACUGAUUGAAGAGGAGCGAGCGGAAACUGGAACGGUGGGGAGAAAAGUCUACUGGAAGUACAUUAAAGCCAUCGGACCCCUAUCGUUCUCUUUAAGCCUAGUCCUCUACGCAUGCUAUAUGGGAGUCACAGUGUACAGCAGCAUUUGGUUGAGCAUGUGGACGGAUGACCAAUAUCUGGCUAACACAUCUCUUAUAGGCACAGAAGAAUACACAGACAGGACAAAUCUUUACAUUGGCUUGUAUGCAGGGCUGGGAGUUUUGCAAGGGUUAUUCUCAUACACAUUUGCGGCUUCAGCCUUGUGGCGACUAGUCUCUGCCUCUGGAACGUUACACAAUGUGAUGCUCUCACAUGUUCUGCAGGCUCCAAUGUCUUUCUUUGAUACCACGCCAAUAGGCCGCAUCAUCAACCGCUUCUCACGAGAUGUUGACGUGCUGGAUUCAACGCUGCCCAAUACAUUACGUCAGUUCAUUCGGAGUGGUGGGAUGGUGUUGAUUGCCAUAAUCAACAUAGCUUAUAGUACACCCAUUGUGCUCAGUGUCAUCGUCCCUGUUGUCAUACUUUACGCUCUGAUACAGCGGGUGUAUAUGCCCGCCUCGCGCCAGAUUCGCCGCAUCGACUCCACCACCCGUUCUCCUAUCUACGUCCACUUCUCUGAGACUCUCAGUGGUGCAGCCAGCAUCCGUGCGUAUGGUGCACAGCAGAGGUUUAUGGACCACUCAGAGACUUUGGUGGACUACAACUUCAAGUUUUACUUUGCCAGUAUUGCCACUGCCAACUGGCUCCAGGUGCGUCUCGAGUUCCUGGGUAAUCUGGUCAUCCUGGCGGCCGCCAUAUUUGCUGUGUCUGACAGUAGUCUCUCCGCCGGCCUGGCUGGACUGUCAGUCUCGUAUGCCACACAGGUGACUUCUUCUCUCAGUUUCCUCAUCCAAGUUGCAACUCAAGCGGAAACCAAUAUUGUGUCUGUAGAGAGGAUUGUUGAGUACACAGAGACAAACACUGAGGCAGCGUGGUACAACCCAGACAACCGGCCCGCCCCGGAGUGGCCAGAGGAAGGAAACCUUGAGUUUGAUGACUUACAGAUCCGCUACCGCCCGGGGCUGGAACUGGUUCUCAAGGGUGUCUCUUGUCAGCUCAAGCCAGGAGAAAAAGUUGGGAUUGUGGGUCGGACUGGGGCAGGCAAGUCCUCUCUGACUGUGGCUCUGUUCCGACUGGUGGAGGCUGCAGCUGGCAAAAUUGUUCUUGACAGCCACAAUAUUGCUGGGCUAGGCUUGCAUGACCUCCGCUCUCGCAUCACCAUCCUACCUCAGGACCCUGUGAUUUUCUCUGGGACAAUCCGCAUGAACCUUGACCCCUCAGAGCUGCACAUGGACUCGGAAGUGUGGGAGGCUCUGGAGCAUGCGCAUCUCAAGGACUUUGUGAAUGGUCUGGCGGGACAACUGGACUAUAACUGUGGGGAGGGAGGACAGAACCUCAGCAUGGGUCAGCGACAGUUACUGUGCCUGGCCCGGACGUUGUUACGUCGUUCUCGAGUCCUUGUCCUGGACGAGGCUACAGCUGCCGUGGACAUGGAGACGGACGAGCUCAUCCAGAGAACUAUACGGGAGGAGUUCAAUCACAGCACCGUGCUCACCAUAGCGCACAGGCUAAACACCAUCAUGGAUUAUGACAGAGUGAUUGUCAUGGACAAAGGUUUGAUCAAGGAGAUGGACUCUCCCAACGCUCUGCUCUCCAACACAGACUCUGUGUUCUACUCCAUGGCCAAAGAUGCCAAUCUCGUGUGAGAGAACGCUGGGAUCUUUACAAGUUAUUUUAAUCUCUGUGAAGAUAAUUUUAUACAAGAUUUUCUGGCCUAAUUAAUUUAUUGACCUGAAUUUGACACUCUGAAUUUAUCCAUAUGAAGACCUCAUUAAUUUGUAUAUGUUUUCCUCAUAUUUUGUCAGCAUGUGGAAUUACGGAACGAAACUUCAUUCAAGGAGUACAUUUUUAUUUAUUUCAAGGAAAAUCUACAGUAGAAGUGAAUUACAUGUUCAAUGUCCGCACUUUUUAUCUUAUUUCUUUCAGCCAUUAUAGGUUAAUGGAAGAUCAAGCUGUUUUAUGUAAAAUGUUUGUAAGAAUUGGAAAUCUGUUGUUUGUCUUAAGUUGACUUGGACCUCCAGGCUUGACUUGAAAGUGUUUGUCAAACUACAAGUGGUAUAAAUAGUUACCGAUUGUUUAUGAUAUUUUUGAAGAACAAGGAGCUGAAUAAAAUGUACUUUACUAUUCAA